CCAGGUCUCGUCCCACGGAGAAGGCCGUGCCGGUGGCGAGCGCCGCUUUCGCUUUCUCUUCCCGGUGCCCACUCCUCCUCGCUCCUCGUGCGGCAGCAGGUCCCCCCCGGCCCUGCCAUGGCCACGCUCAGGGUCCAGCCUGAAGCCCAAGCCAAGGUGGAUGCGUUUCGUGAAGACCUGCGUGCCAAGACCGAGAGCCUGCUUGGGAACUAUUUCCCCAAGAAGAUUUCUGAGUUGGAUGCGUUUUUAAAGGAGCCGGCUCUCAAUGAAGUCAACCUGAGCAACCUGAAGGCCCCCCUGGACAUCCCCAUGCCUGACCCGGCCAAGGAGAAAGAGAAGGAGGAGCGAAAGAAACAGCAGGGGAAGGAAGACAAAGACGAAAAAAAGAAAGAGGAUGAUGAAGAUAAAGGUCCUCCCUGUGGCCCAGUGAACUGCAAUGAGAAGAUUGUAGGCCUUCUGCAGCGCCUAAAGCCCGAGAUAAAGGACGUCAUCGAGAAGCUGAAUCUGGUCACCACCUGGUUGCAGCUGCAGAUUCCCCGGAUUGAGGACGGCAACAAUUUCGGAGUGGCUGUCCAGGAGAAGGUGUUUGAGCUGAUGACCAGCCUUCACACCAAGCUGGAAGGCUUCCACACGCAGAUAUCCAAGUAUUUCUUGGAACGCGGAGAUGCGGUGGCCAAAGCAGCCAAGCAGCCCCAUGUGGGUGACUACAGGCAGCUGGUGCACGAGCUGGACGAGGCAGAGUACCGGGACAUCCGGCUGAUGGUCAUGGAGAUCCGCAACGCUUAUGCUGUGUUGUAUGACAUCAUCCUGAAGAACUUCGAGAAGCUCAAGAAGCCCAGGGGAGAAACAAAGGGAAUGAUCUAUUGAGAGCCGCCUCUCCCGUUCUGUGAUGCGGGUGGCCCAGACCGUCCUGCUUUUUGCUGGGGACUCCAGGCCUUUCUUACCUUCCUGCUGUUGAGAUUUCUCCCUCACCUGGCCUCCUAGGCACAAUAAAUAUAGUCAAAACUGUU